CAGCAGGCAGCACGCAGCAUUACAAAAGUACUCGCACACACGGUUACACAUGGCAGGCUGCAGAGCGCUGCUGCCAAAUUAGUUUCCGGCUGUUAAAAAUGGUUUACAAAAUGUGCAAAAAGUGUUGAAGCACUGGAGGAGCAUCUGUUGCAUACAUUGACGACAAGAAAUAAUUGAAAUUUGAUCAGAAAUUGCACAAAACAAAACAGCGAAGCAAGCAGCGGAAAAUCAAAAGUUUUCCCACGUACCACGGGCCACCCACCUGUUGCUGCGUGAGGCCACCAUAUCCCGAUGCAGCGCUGGGGUCAUUGGCCGAAAAUUUGGGACUUUCAAGUGAAAAGCGUCGUGGACAAGUGUCUAACAAGCGGAAAUAUUCAAUAUUUGGUGCAGUGGCUGGGCCGUAUGGAUCCGGAGUAUACCUGGGAGCAUGCGGAGGCGCUUCAAUGCCCCAAUGCGAUAAGUAAUUACGAGGCUGCGAUGGGAUACAAUGAUCCGCGGAUUGUUCUGGGCAAGCGUAAUACUUCAUCAUCGUCAUCUUCAUCAUCAUCGUCCUCGUCAUCGUCCUCGUCCUCGUCGUCGUCAUCGUCGUCGUCAUCGUCGUCGUCGUCAUCGACAUCGGCAGCGACCACAGUCUCGUCCUUGGUAUCGACAUCGAUCUCAUUCCAACGGGCAGAAAAGCAGCGCUAUUCAUCAUUUCCAGCGACAUCGACGGUCUCAUCGAACUCCCCGGAAAAGCUGCGCAACUCGCUACCGGAAUCAACAUGGGCUUUGUUAUCGUCAUCGUCAUCGGCGUUAUCGGAGCAGCCCCCCGAAGAGAAGCACUAUGCGUUAUCGGAGUCGCCCUCCGAGGACAAUUAUUAUGCGUUAUCGUCACCGGACUCACCCCAAGCGCCGGUCAAGAAGCGAAGUCCGUCGCCGCCAUGGAAGCCGCCCCCAGCAAAGAAGCGCAAGUCCUUAUCGGAAGAGACAUGGUCGUACAUAUCGACAUCGAUAUUGGCAGCGGAAUCAUUCAAGCUUCCGGUAAAGAAGCGCAAUUCAUCAUUGCCAUCGGCAUCGGGCUCAACCAAACCGAUGAUUCCCCAUCCCAAUCCCCAUUAUUCCAAGCGCAAGUCCUCAUCGUCAUCGUCAUCGGUAUCGGAUAUACCUGAAAAGAAGCGCAAGUCGUCAGCAUCGUCGACCUCCACAUCGUAUCUACUGGGCAAGCGGAAUAGUAGUUCGGAGGAUGGUUCCAUCUGGGAGUCACCCCUGUCCCCACCAUUGGAGGAGAAUUCGACAUGGGCGUCACCCUUGUCCCCGCCGCCAGAAAAGAAGCGCAAGUCAUCGGAGAGGAAGCAUAAAUCAUCCGAAAAGAGGCGUAAGUCAUCUGUUAAGAAGCGUAAAUUAUCUAGAAUGUCAAUGUAUUCGGAUAUAUCCGACUCACCCGUAUCCCCACCACCGGAAAAGAGUCUUCAAUUAUCGCGCAUGUCAAUGUACUCGGAUAUAUCGGAUUCGCCCGCAUCUCCGCCACCGGAAAAGAGGCGCAAAUCGUCAAUGGUGUCGGUGAAAUCGGAGCUAUCGGAUGUAUCGGAAGCUACGGCUAAAUCGAAUCUAUCGCAGGCAUCGCAGGCCCAAACGGAGGUAAGCGAGCCAUGGUAUAUGCGCACUCUCGAUCCAAGUGCUGGGCCGAGGGGCUUCGCCCGUGGCCUAGAACCGUUGAAGGUGCUGGGCGCCACCGAAGCUCUGGGCGACAUCAUGCACCUGAUGCAGUGGAAGGGAUGCUCCCAGAUCGAUCUGGUGUCGCACGAGGAGACCAGCAACUAUUGUCCCCAUCUGGUCAUCGAGUACUACGAGCAGCAUCUGUCCUGGCACAAUGUGCCCAAUCUCACGGAUGUCAUACUCGGUGUCCAUAAUUGGAAGAAGAAGGGCUAUGUCAACCGAUACCGCGAUAGAUAUGGCAAGAAAGGUCCAAGGCCAACCGAAAUUCUGUGAUUUUUCUAUGAUGAAUCAUACGAAUAAACAAAACAAAACAAAACAAACAAACAACAACAAGAUAUCAAAUAUAUAUAUAUAUAACCAAUAAAUGUACACAAAUACUAAAUGAACGUGUGUGAAAAUAUCUACUAGAGAUGCAUAAAAUGUAGUUGGUUUUUUUUUUUUUGGAAGAAAUAGAAGAAGAUGAAAAUACUAUGAGAAGUAAGGCAGAAAAGAUAUGAGAGAUACUUGUGCGAAAAUAUCAACUAGAGAUACAUACAAAGUAGCUGUUUUUUUUUUUGGAAGAAAGAGAAAAAAAUAUAUAUGCGCGAAUGGAUUGAAACGUUGAAGGGACAUACAGUAUAAGAACCUAUAAUCUAUAUACACAUUUUUUUUGUGAAUUUAUUCACCAUAAAACUAUGUACUAAGACGUACCAUGUACUUAGUACGAGACACACAGAGCGAAAGAGAGAGAGCGAGAGAUAGAACGAGAAGUAAGAGAAUAUGUGUAUUUUUUUGGAAUAUCUAUGAGAUUGUAUAUGGAGGCAGAGGC